AUGCUGUUCAUAUGUGGGCGUGGAAAAGAUGAUCACCUCACAGGGGCUUCUACUGCUCCCAAGCUUGAUGAUCCCAACUUCAAAGCUUGGAAGGCCGAAAACAGCAUGGUGAUGGCAUGGCUGAUCAGUUCCAUGACCAUAGAAAUUGGAGAAAUUUUUCUUCUCUACACAACUGCAAAAGAAAUUUGGGAUGCUGCCCGAGAUAUGUACUUUAGCAACGACAACACUUUAGAAUUAUUCGCCAUCGAGAGUACUCUCCACGAUCUACGUCACGGGCAGUUGUCUGUCACUGCCUACUACAAUCUGCUGACUCGAUAUUGGCAGCAGUUGGAUCUCUACGAAGUUCAUACGUGGAAGUGUUCUGAAGACCGGGCUAAAGUUCAGAGAAUGGUAGAAACAAAAAGAGUAUUCAAGUUUCUUAUGGGUCUCAACAAGGAUCUAGAUGAAGUCAGGGGUAGAAUACUAGGAAUCAAACCACUGCCACCAAUCAGGGUAGUUUUCUCUGAGGUCCGAAGGGAAGAAAGCCGAAAGAAAGUUAUGAUGGGGAUAUCACCUUCAAACCCACAAGGUGACAGAUCAGCACUUGCUGCUCGGGGACCUUCUUAUCACAGCACAAACUCACGGCAAAGAGGAAAUCACUCAGCAUUUAAUGAAAACAGGCCCAAGAGUGGACGACCUUGGUGUGACCACUGCAGCAAGCCUGGCCAUACCCGAGAUACUUGUUGGAAGCUAGUCGAUUGGAAACCAAAAUAG